UUGUUCAUGUCAUUGAAAGGCAGAAAGGCAUGGAACACUACAAUUGGCCUGACUCGCUGCAAACCGAAAUCCCACUCCCUUCUUACCCACAACCUUCAGCACUCUCACCAUAUCCUCUUCCACCACCUGUCACUGUCCAUUACGCUAACUCUCAUCUUCAAAACCCUAAACCCCCUUUCUCUCUCUCUCAACCUUCUCCUCCUCUCAACCCUCCCGGGGUUGAUUUCACCCCCCAAUUCAACCAUCUCUCCUACGUCGAUCAUGCGCCCCUUCCCAAUUUCACCUACCCUCAGACCCAUGUCGUCGCGGAUUCCAACUUGUUGGUGACGCCUCCUGGCUAUUACUUGCCCCAGGAUUGGGCUGCUAGAGACGUUGUCAGGCAAUAUGGCACUGAUCCCGCUGUUUAUGCGCCUGGAAUCCCUAUGCCAUCCAAUGGCUCACAACAAUUGGUUAUGCCAAUUCCUAACUACACAUUGCAGACUAAUACCACAACUCAACCUCAUGGCAAUGGAACAAGGAAGAAAAACCCAAAGAAAGCUAAAACUAAGAUUGUGCAAUCUGCAUAUUGUGAAGUUUGCAAGAUAGAAUGCACGAGCAAGGAAGUACUGGACCAACAUAAAUUAGGAAAGAAGCACAAGAAGAACUUGGGUAAACUAAGAGAAUCAUUGGCACCAACCCAAGUUCAACCAUCUAAGCCAUCUAAUCCUAUAAUAGGACCCCAAUUACCAAACGACAAGAAGAAAUCUGCAAGUGGGAAUAAGAGUAAGAGGAAAACAGUUGAAACUGUAGAGGGUUUGCAUAAAAAGAAAAAAAGGGUUAUUGAUGGUGGGGCAGCAGCUGAAGCACUUAGGAUAUGUACUAUAUGUAAUGUGGUGUGUAAUAGUGAGAUCGUUUAUAAUUUUCAUCUUGUAGGACAAAAGCAUGCUGCUAUGAAGAAGAAAGCAGCACAACCAUCACUUAUUUUAGCAGCUGAUCAAACACAAUCCAGUGCCUGUUGAAUUUCCCCAUGUAUUUAAGAGCAUCACUUAUUUAGCACCUCCAUUCUACAUUUGAAUAGAAUAUACAUUACUUAAAAGUUUCAUUUGAUUUUA